UUUUUUUUUUUUUUUUUUUUUCAAAUUUCGGGUUGCUGUUGUGCUGCUGCUCAAUAAUGCAGUCGUCGUCGGGAGCGGCCUGCGCCCAGUGCAUCCAGCUGCUGGACGAGCACCGCGCACUCACCGAGCAACGCAGCGCCGAGGGACAGCGUGACAUCCAGCGACUGCUGACCGAGGCGAGGCUGGCGAAGGAGGCCGACGAGCGAUCGAGACAGGACUUGCGGCUGCUGCAAGGGAUUUACACGCGCCGCGUCGCACAGCUGUCCAAGGACAUUGACAUCCGACAGAUCAAGAUCGACCAGCUGAAGGCGGCGUUGCGGCGGCGGCGCGCAGGCGGUGGCGGUGGACUGUCCCUGCACGACCACCACUCUCAAGGCGUCCUGCUGAAUGGACUGAAUGGAUUGAACGGGUUGCUCCUCGAGGACGACGAUGACAAUGACAAUCACGACGACCACGGACAACCAGCGUGGAACAGUCAUAGUAGUGCCAAUCACGCUCCUCACGAGCUGGACAUUACCCACGAUAUUCCGGCGAGCAGCGACGAGGAUAGCGCAGAGGCAAGCCGCGAUGACAAUCUGCUCGAGGAGCUCGACGACUUGCAGCCGCAGCUCGAUCAUGCCGUGAAUGUGCCGCUAUCCGAUCAGCAUACGCGCGCAAACCGAGCAUCGGAUGGCGAACACCUCAACUUGUCGAGUGUCCAGCUGAACGCGUUGGGCAGCGACGGCACAGCUCACAGCAACGGCGCUUCUGGCUCGUUCCCUGACACGGCUGUGUCGCCACUCGUCUCGCUUGGGAUGGCCGAGUUUGCCAGCUUGCAGCAGUACAAAGCAGCGUGGGAAGAAUUGCAUGCACAACAUGCCGAGCUUGACGACAAGCACGCGAAUCUCAGCGCGCACUACGAUUCUGCCCUGGCCGAGUUGAAGCAGGUUGAAAGUCAGUGUGCCACGUUGAAGUCCGUGGCGGAGAGCCAGAAACAUGUCUUGAGCGCAAAGGAAGAUGAGUAUCGCAAGCUCGAGGCCCAACUCCAAACGACCGGCCGCAACAUUGCCACCUACCGAGGACAGAUUGAGCAAUUCCGCGCGACUGCCGAGCUGGGCAAGCAGGAGUUAUCCGAUGCACGGGCCGAAGCUGCCAAGCUGCGAGAGGAGUUGCGAGGAGUCCGACAGAAUGCUGAACAACGGUUGAACGACCAGCAAGCGCAAUUUCAAAAAGACGCCCAGAACCACGCGGCCAAAGUGCAAGAACUGCAGGAUGCCAUUCGUCAACAGGCAGCACAGCUGCAGCAACAGCCGGUGCAUGACGCAGACCAUGCACUUGUUCAGCAACAGCGGCAGCAACUCGAGCAGCUACAAACCCAACUCCAGCAGCGGCAAACCCAAAUUCAACGGUAUGAGGCGCAAUUUCAGCAGCAACAAGCCCAAAUGCAACAGCUGCAGCAGCAACUUCAGCAGCAACAAGCACAAAUUGAGCAGGACGGGGCAAAUCUGCAACAACAAGCGUCGCAAAUGGAAGAGCAUUAUGUCACAAUCCAGGAGCAACAAACCCUGAUUGGAGAUCUUCAAAAUCAACUGAAUCUGUACCAGGGAGAGCGCGAGCAACAAGCCAAGCAGCACGACAUUCAAAUUCAGCAGCUUCAAGCCAGCCUUAACGACUUGCAUGCCCAGCUGCGGCGACACCAAGUUCAAGAGCAAGAGCUGCAAGCCACAAUCCAACACCAGCAGUCGCAGUUGCAAGAGUAUCGUCUUGAACGAAAGAAUCAGUGGCAGCACUCGAACGGUCCUGAAGACGAGCAACAGCAGCAGCAGCAGCAGCAGCAGCCAGGUUUUGCAACGCCUGCUCACCACAGCAAGGAGGCUUCCCAAUGGGAUGCAAGUCCAGUGGCGACUCCUUCUGAUGUUCUGGCCAAACUUGACGACGAUCGAAGGCAACUCCGUGACUCAAUCAAAAAGUUCAAGCAAGCAAACUCCCCUCAAGCAAAGGCGCCGAAAAUUUUGACAACGCAAUCCCGGGUUGCCGACCAUUCUCCUCGUCAGCUCGCUUUCAAUCAAAUACUCAAGAAGAUGGCCGACCCGUCAAAGUCGUUACCUUCUGCUGAGCACUCGCCACUGUCGUCUCCGACAUUGCGUGCGCGGGCAGAGCAGCACCGUGUGGUCGAAGACUCCAAUUCUGCUAGUCUGUCAUCGCGAGGCUUGUUUGAUCAGCCGCACCUCAGCCUUCCCUCACACCAAGUUGUCGAGUAUCAAGUGGCUUCUCCAAGCGGGUUUGUGUAGAAUGAGAGCCAAAAUGAUUGUUAUUCAAUAAUUCUAUGACCCCCCGAUUUUGCUUAUUGGGGGUUUGAAAAACUCGAAUUCUUCGUUGAAGAUAUUUUUUUUAUAAAAGGG